AUGAAGGGUACAUCAAAGCUGGUUAAAUACUAUUUGAAGGAAGAAUAUCCGGGUAAACUCGAGACGCCUACAGCAAGUGAAUUAGUAGAACGCGUCAAAAGCAAGUAUGGACUUAUUGUGUCAUAUUUGAUGGCAUUAAGAGGCAAGCAUAGUGCAGAAAGUGAGAUUCGUGGUGAUCCUUGUGACCAUUACAGAAGGCUUCCAAAGUGGUUGCACAUGUUGAUCAAAAGAAAUCUCGGGACGCAUGCGAGUCUUAGCUUGGACGAUGAUGGCAGAUUUAAAUAUGUCUUUAUCGCUUUGAGUGCAGCUAUAAAAGGACGGAAAUAUUUGCGUAAAGUGGUUGCCAUUGACGCAACGUUUCUAAUAGGGUCGUACAAGGGUGCAUUGGUUGUUGCAACUGCACAAGAUGGUGAUCAUCACCAAUAUCCUUUGGCUUGGGGUAUAAUCGAUAGAGAAAAGGAUGCAUCAUGGACAUGGUUUAUGGAAAGAUUGAAAGAUGCAGUACCAGAUGGACCUGAUGUCGUUGUGUUAUCCGAUCGGCAUGGAACCAUAAUUAAGGCUGUUAGAGAAGUGUACAAGGAAGCUGACCACGAUUUUUGUACUGUGGAAUGGUUCAAUAGGCAUAGAAUGGAAGCAGGUUCAACUGAUGACUCUCAUAAGCUGACACCGUUUAUUGAUAAAGUGUUUCAUGAACGGUACGAGAUAACAUGUACAUAUGAGGUAAUUGUGUUGAACAGUUCUAUGGACGAGUUUGAGUCACGCAAUCGCAGUAGUCCACAAGACUGGCAGAGACAAUAUUAUACCGGGCUUAUGCUCUCCAUACUUUCUCCGGGAGACAUGGCGGUUGGCUUAUCAAGAAACGGUUUAUCCGGUUCCUGA